UCAAGCUGUAGAGAAUUGGUUGACGGCCGGUGACAAUAAUGGGCAAAUAUCCGAAGACCGUUGGAUCCAUCCUCGACCGCGAUCGGGUGUGGGCUUACCAGGAGAUCAUGGCGGAAGCCCUGAUCGUUAUGUGGUUUUCGUUGCACAUUACCCUGAAGUUUGGCACACGCUUCUUUCCUGAGUGGCGGAACACGCGCGUCGAUCCCGAAGUACAGACCGAUCUGGACAACCUUCUGGCAAGACUGGGUUAUGCGGAUGUGUGGCACGCCGGUAGUGGUGGAUGCUUUAGCGAUCGAGAGAGUUCCGGUGACAAAGCCAAGCACACAGCCCUAUUCCCAGAAUGUUCUCGGUUUUACGUACUGCCAAUUAAAUUCGCAACUUCAUCAAUAUGGUUAUUUGCUGUUUUGAUUAAUACCGUGCCAGUGAAAUUCGCCCUUCCUUCGGCUGAUAGCCUCGGACAUGCAUGGAAGUCGUGGAAACGAUACUAUUCAGCUUAUGCCGGCACCGGAGCCGGUGGAACGUACUGUGUUAAUUACAGAACGGGCAUGGAAUAUCCCCAGGCAAUCCUGUCACACUGGAUGGAUUUGGGGUAUCCGCAGUGGAGGACCCGCCAUCCAGCACUGCUGUCUCUGUUCUCCACCGAUUAUUCAUCACUGUCAUCCGGGUUCCUUCGAGAGUGGAUCCGGUCGCAGUUUCUUCUGAAUGCUAUACCAUUGAUAAUCAUUUUCAGCAUUAUGUCGAUUGUGUUAUGGCCCUACAUGCGGUGUGAUGCGGGAGAAGAUCACAGCAGUGCAUCCACACCGGGUGGAAGCGAGGCUGGUUCAGGCGCAAAGUUAUUGGAAGCGGUGGGCAGUGACGACGACGAUUUUCAUCUCGACCUGGAUGGGGAGUGUUUCGCGACAUUCACCGUUGUCCCAGUGGAGAAUACGUCGGAUGGUCCAGGAAAGCACCAUGACUGUGCGUGUUCCUGGAGCGCCGGCAUCGUCGCAAUCCUGGUGGUCUUGAUUAAGCGCUUCAUGUGCUGGAUCUUUCUGCCCUAUCCGCUGGUACAGCUGCUUGUUCCGGAGCCGUUGCAGCUGUUGGCGCUCAUGUUACUGCUAACCGCGUACGGAGCCUGGAUUUAUUGGAAACUCCUACACAAUAUUCUCCAAUUCCACAAGGAAACAUAUACGGGAACUCCAACCAAUAGUCAGCCAUGGUGGACGGACAUCAUGUCUUGAUCUAUGAUCUAUCUAAUUCUGCAUUACGUAUUAAUUCUCUACGCCUACAGCUAGUAAAACUUGCUAAUACAAUAUUCAAAGCUAGAAAUAAUUUUCGCUGAAAAUAACUAAUUAUUGUAUGCCACACACUGUAUUCAUAA